AUGGGCAAGGACCAGGAACUGCUGGAAGCGGCUCGCACUGGGAAUGUGGCUUUGGUGGAGAAACUCUUGGCUGGCAGAAAAGGAGGGCUCCUGGGCAGUGGAUCUGGACCUAUUCCUUUAUCCAACUUGCUGAGCAUCUGGCGAGGACCAAAUAUAAAUUGCACAGAUAGUUCAGGAUAUACUGCUUUACAUCAUGCAGCUUUGAAUGGUCACAAGGAUGUAGUUAUCAAAUUACUUCAAUAUGAAGCAUCCACUAAUGUGGCAGAUAAUAAAGGGUAUUUUCCUAUACACUUGGCUGCUUGGAAAGGAGAUGUAGAGAUUGUGAAGAUUCUUAUCCAUCAUGGGCCAUCACAUUCCAGAGUGAAUGAACAGAACAAUGAAAAUGAAACAGCUCUGCACUGUGCUGCCCAGUAUGGACACUCAGAAGUGGUUGCUCUUUUGCUUGAAGAACUUACAGAUCCCACAAUAAGAAACAACAAAUUAGAAACUCCAUUGGAUUUGGCAGCUUUAUAUGGCCGACUGCGGGUGGUGAAGAUGAUAAUCAAUGCAUAUCCAAAUCUGAUGAGCUGUAACACAAGAAAGCAUACUCCUUUACAUCUUGCUGCUCGUAAUGGUCAUAAAGCUGUGGUACAAGAGCUGCUAGAAGCUGGAAUGGAUGUCAGCUGCCAAACAGAAAAGGGGAGUGCAUUACACGAAGCAGCUUUAUUUGGAAAAGUAGAUGUUGUACGCCUUCUUUUAGAAACAGGAAUUGAUGCCAAUAUAAAGGACAAUUUAGGCAGAACAGUUUUAGAUAUUCUGAAAGAACAUCCAUCGCAACAGUCACUCCAAAUUGCUGCAUUGCUUCAAGAUUACAUAGAAAAAGGAAAUUCAGAAGUUCCAGAGGAAUCCAUAGAGGAAUAUUUAGUAUCAGAUCACCAUUCCAGUGUUUUAUCCCCAGAAGAUUCUCCUAUACAAACAAGUAAAAGUGAAGCUGUGACUGGUGAAUUAUCAAAACUAUUAGAUGAAAUCAAGCUGUGCCAAGAAAAAGAUUAUUUAGAAGAUAUGAGCCAUACUAUAUCAGAUGAUUAUCUGGAUGAUGCUAGCAAAGUAUCAGAAGAAGAAACAGUAGCAAAUGGAAACCGAGACAAGUCUAAUAUAAGAUCAUCUUCCACAAAUCUGGAACAAACAGAAGAGGAAGAAGAGGGUGGAACUGAAAAUAGUUGUGGACCUACAGGUUUGUGGGAAGCACUGACACCUUGCAACGGAUGUAGAAAUCUUGGGUUCUCCAGUCUUACUCAGGAAACCUUUCCAAAGAAGAGGAGUGCUACACUGGAAGCAGUGCCAUCUGUUUCUUCAGAAACAUUUCCUCUAGAAAAUGAGAAUGGUCUCUGUGAUUUUCUUGAUACAACAGUUACGAAGAAACCUUGUUCUUUAGAAAUAACAAGAGGAGUUUCAUCAAAAAUAGAUAAUGCACCGCAAGUAGCAAUUACUGCACCAGGUACUGGUAACCAUAGAAACAGUUCAACAGGCCCAACACCUGACUGCUCUCCUCCAUCACCAGAUACUGCACUGAAAAAUAUAGUAAAAGUUAUACGACCUCAGGCCAAGCAACGUACAUCAAUAGUAUCAGCUUUUGAAUUUAAUCGAUUAAAUCAGAGUCACGACUAUUUUGAAAUCAACUCCUGUGUAAGAUACGCGAGCUUUAAUUCCAGCUCUCCAGUUAGUCCAGCCAACUGCUCCACUGCGUCUAUUGAGGACAGCAUUGAAGAAAAUAAUAUACCAGAACCAUUGAAAAGACAACAUGACAGUGAUCAUCUAGAAGCACACCCUUUUGAGCAGUUCGCUGGCCUUCUUCAUGGAUCAUCACCUGCUUGUGACCCACCAGAAAAUCCAUUUCAGCUCUACAGAAAAAUUUGUCCAAAGGAAGACUUGAAUCAGAAAAUUAGUUUGAACCUCACUAUUUUGAAUCCACAACAUUCUCUGCAAGAAAAUAGCACUGUUCUUCUGAUUAAAAAGAAAAAACCACCAAUUUUAAAUAGAACUAUAUUCCCUUCUAAAAACAUUCUAGGAGAAGCUAACACCUUGGCUGGUAUCACAAGAACUGGAGAUCAGUGGGUAGUUAAUGCUGCAGGAAUUGUAGAACGUGCUUGCACACUUGGACGAAUACGAUCUUUGCCAAAGACACUUCUUGACAUUCAUUUAUCCAAAUACAUUUCUAAAUCAGAUUCAAAUCUUGUUUCUUACCCAUCUAAUGAUCACAAAGCAAGACAGAAUUGGAAUGAAUCUUCAGCUAUCCAAGAAACCUCUAGAAGAAAUUCUGAAAGAACACCAUCAUUUACUUCAGAAUGGGAAGAAAUUGACAAAAUAAUGAGUUCCAUUGAUGCUGGUAUAACUACUGGACUUGAAGAGAUUACUGAUGGUACUGCAACACCCAGAUGCCCUGUCCAGACUGUGGGACAAUGGUUGGAAAAUAUUGGGCUACCUCAGUAUGAAAACCACUUGCUGGCCAAUGGAUUUGACAAUGUACAGUUUAUGGGAAGCAAUGUUAUGGAGGAUCAGGAUCUCUUGGAAAUUGGAAUACUUAAUUCUGGACACAGGCAAAGGAUUCUACAGGCAAUUCAGCUUCUUCCAAAGAUGAAACAGACAGGCAGUGAUGGCUAUAACCCCACCUCUGUAGCAGAAUGGCUAGAUUCUCUGGAACUGGGAGAUUAUAUCAAGCCCUUUUUGAUAAAUGGCUAUACAUCAAUGGACCUUGCAAAGAAAAUAUGGGAUAUUGAAUUAAUUAACGUUUUAAAAAUCAGCUUGCUGGGCCAUAGAAAACGCAUUUUGGCCUCAUUGGGAGACAGACUUCACGAAGACCCACCUCAGAAACCACCACGUUCUAUCACCCUCAGGGAACCCAGUGGUAAUCACACUCCUCCCCAGUUGUCUCCUUCGCUCAGCCAAAGUACUUACACUACUGGUGGUUCCCUGGAUAUACCACACAUUAUCAUGCAGGGAGAUGCAAGGAGAAGAAGAAAUGACAGCUAUUUUGACGAUAUUCCUAGGUCAAAACUGGAACGACAAAUGGCACAGCAGUCGUCUGUCUGUGAAAUAUGGACCAACCAGAAUGCAGGAUAUCCUUACUCAGCAGUCCAUCAGGUUCAUAAUACUGGAGACUGGGGUGAACCAUCGAUUACAUUGAGGCCUCCUAAUGAAGCUACAGGAUCAACACCAGUACAAUACUGGCAGCAUCAUCCAGAGAAACUCAUUUUCCAGUCAUGUGAUUACAAAGCAUUUUAUUUAGGUUCUAUGCUGGUAAAAGAAUUAAGAGGUACAGAAUCUACACAAGAUGCCUGUGCAAAGAUGAGGAAGUCUACCGAACAAAUGAAGAAAGUUCCUACUAUUGUUCUAUCUGUCUCUUACAAAGGAGUAAAAUUUAUUGAUGCAACAAAUAAGAAUAUUAUUGCUGAACAUGAGAUUCGUAACAUUUCCUGUGCGGCACAAGACCCCGAAGACCUCUCAACAUUUGCUUAUAUUACAAAAGACUUGAAGACAAAUCACCAUUAUUGUCAUGUGUUCACAGCCUUUGAUGUGAAUUUAGCCUAUGAAAUAAUUCUCACAUUGGGACAGGCAUUUGAAGUAGCUUAUCAACUGGCACUUCAGGCUCGAAAAGGAGGCCAUUCUUCAACACUUCCCGAAAGCUUUGAUAAUAAACCUACCAAGCCAAUCCCAAAACCACGUGUUAGCAUCCGAAAAUCUGUGCAGAUGGAUCCCACUGAACAAAAGACUCUUACCAAUCUACCAUGGAUUGUAGAACCAGGACAAGAAGCUAAAAGAGGAAUUAAUACCAAGUAUGAAACCACAAUUUUCUGA